AUGGAAAAACAGGAAGUUAAAUUAUUUACCCGCGAGGAGUUGAAGAAGCGAAACACUCGCGAGGACUGUAUUCUCAUCAUCCACAACGAGGUUUACGACGUCACUGAGUUUUUAGAAGAGCACCCUGGAGGUCUGGAGGUGCUUAUGGAACUUGCAGGUCAAGACGCCACCGAACCCUUUGAAGACGUUAGCCACAGUUCGGACGCAAGGGCGUUGAUGAAAAAGUACAAGAUUGGCGGACUAGUGGAGGCAGACCGCACCCAGACAAAGGCGGCUUUCGCGCCUCAGUGGAACAACGACCAACCGCAGGAGCAGGGCAAUUGGAGUUCAUGGGCUCUACCGCUACUAUUGGGCAUCGCCGCAACAAUUCUCUACCGGUAUCUGUUCAUGUAG